UCGAUGUUAGGCACCAUACAUCCAUAUUCACCACUCCCUUCAUCAGCCACGCAUAUGUCAAAUCGUGUUGAGGUGAAAAAUGGAGAACAUACCACGAACACACGAAGAUAUCGAGGCCCAAAUCCGCGAUAUCCAAUCGAAGAAAAAGGAAAUCAGCGCGGAAGCGGCCAAGGACAAGGGAGUGGGACUGCUCGAAAGCGGUUAUUAUGAUAGUGAGCUGUAUGACGGAAGCGCCGGUAAGGGCAAAUACGAGGGAUAUGUGACGUCGAUUGCCCCCAAUGACGAUGUGGACGAAGACGAGGACGAUGGCAUUCCGAUGGGGCGGGGAAAUCGGCCGGCCGGUUAUACGGCACCGGCCGCACUGCUGAACGAUGUCGCGCAGCCCGAUACGGAUUACGAUCCGUUUGCGGAUCGCCGCAGGCCGACAGUUGGCGAGAAGGAAGAUGAGUAUCGCCAAAAGCGGAGGAGGCUGGUCAUUUCUCCGGAACGUAUCGAUCCGUUCGCUGACGGCGGAAAGACUCCCGAUGUCGGAUCCCGAUCGUACAUGGAGAUCAUGCGCGAGCAGCAGCUCAAAGGCGAAGAGGCGGAGCUUCGCAAAAAGAUCCAGGAAAAGGCCAAAGAUGGAACGCUCAAGGUGAGCAGCAGUAGCAGCAGCAGCAGUUCCAGUGCAGCCAAUGGGGAUGCGAGCAAGGCGCCAGUAGCCGAAGCGAAGAAGCGUGGUCGCUGGGAUCAGACGGUGGAGGAGACGUUCGUGCCGCCGAAGAAGCUGGCUGUGCCGGCCACGCCGACGUGGGGCGAUGCGGAGAAAACCCCGGCCGAUCACCGUUGGGAUGAAACGCCCGGACACAAGGGCAGCGAGACGCCCGGAGCAACGCCGAGUGUCCGCAUCUGGGAUGCCACUCCGGCCCAUUCCGGAGCGACUCCGGGUCGCGAAACUCCGGCGGAAAAAUCCACCCGUCGCAACCGAUGGGACGAAACGCCGAAAACCGAACGGGAGACCCCGGGACAUUCGUGGGCUGAAACGCCCCGUGCCGAUCGUGGUCCAAGUGACAGUGCUAUGGACAGUACCACUCCGGCAUCGAAGCGUCGUUCCCGUUGGGACGAGACACCCUCGAACGCCACCCCCUCGGCUAUGACUCCGUCGAUUGCGAUGACUCCGACUCCACAUGCCACUCCAGGACACGCCACUCCCCUGUUGACCCCAGGAGGUACGACACCUAUCGGACACAAAGCCAUGGCCAUGGCUACACCAACCCCGGGACACCUGGCUUCGAUGACUCCGGAACAACUCCAGGCUUACCGCUGGGAAAAGGAAAUCGACGAAAGAAAUAGACCUUUCAGCGACGAGGAACUGGAUGCCAUGUUCCCUGCAGGCUACAAGGUCCUACCCCCACCAGCGGGAUACAUACCGAUCCGCACUCCGGCCAGAAAAUUGACUGCGACUCCGACGCCCAUGGCUGGAACUCCGGCCGGUUUCUUCAUUCAAGCUGAAGACAAGAGCGCCAAAUUCAUCGACAACCAACCGAAAGGUAACCUUCCGUUCAUGAAGCCGGAAGACGCCCAGUACUUCGACAAACUGCUGCUCGAUGUCGAUGAGGAAGCUCUCAGUCCCGAGGAGCAAAAGGAGCGGAAGAUCAUGAAGCUCCUCCUCAAAAUCAAGAACGGAACUCCCCCGAUGCGAAAGGCCGCUCUUCGGCAAAUAACCGACAAAGCACGCGAGUUCGGCGCCGGUCCCCUGUUCAACCAAAUCCUCCCGCUGCUCAUGAGUCCUACCCUGGAGGACCAGGAACGUCACUUGCUGGUGAAGGUCAUCGAUCGCAUCCUGUACAAGCUGGACGAUCUGGUUCGGCCGUACGUCCACAAAAUCCUGGUCGUCAUUGAACCGCUGCUGAUCGAUGAAGACUACUAUGCCCGUGUGGAAGGUCGUGAGAUUAUCUCCAACCUGGCCAAGGCGGCCGGUCUGGCCACUAUGAUCUCCACAAUGCGUCCCGAUAUCGACAACAUCGACGAGUACGUCCGAAACACGACGGCCCGUGCAUUUGCGGUGGUUGCGUCGGCUUUGGGAAUCCCGUCGCUUUUGCCUUUCUUGAAGGCCGUCUGUAAGAGUAAGAAGUCGUGGCAGGCCCGGCAUACCGGUAUCAAGAUCGUCCAACAGAUUGCCAUCCUGAUGGGUUGCGCUAUUUUGCCGCAUCUGAAGUCGCUGGUGGAAAUUAUCGAGCACGGAUUGGUCGACGAGCAGCAGAAGGUCCGCACGAUUACGGCUUUGGCCUUGGCUGCGUUGGCGGAAGCUGCGACCCCAUAUGGUAUCGAAUCGUUCGAUUCGGUGUUGAAACCUCUGUGGAAGGGUAUCCGAACGCAUCGCGGUAAGGGUUUGGCUGCGUUCCUGAAGGCUAUCGGGUAUUUGAUCCCGCUGAUGGAUGCCGAGUACGCUAACUACUAUACUAGGGAAGUGAUGUUGAUUCUGAUCCGAGAGUUCCAGUCGCCGGAUGAGGAGAUGAAGAAGAUUGUGUUGAAGGUCGUGAAGCAGUGUUGCGCCACGGAUGGUGUGGAAGCGCAGUAUAUCAAGGAGGAGAUUCUGCCGCACUUCUUCAAACACUUCUGGAACCACAGGAUGGCGUUGGAUCGGCGCAAUUAUAGGCAGCUGGUGGACACGACGGUGGAGAUUGCCAACAAGGUCGGAGCUUCGGAGAUCAUCAAUCGAGUGGUGGACGAUUUGAAGGACGAAAACGAGCAGUACCGGAAGAUGGUGAUGGAGACGAUCGAGAAGAUCAUGGGCAAUCUGGGGGCGGCCGAUAUCGAUUCACGGUUGGAGGAACAGUUGAUCGACGGUAUCUUGUAUGCGUUCCAGGAACAGACCACGGAGGAUGUAGUUAUGUUGAAUGGGUUCGGAACAAUUGUGAACCAGCUGAGCAAGCGGGUGAAGCCGUAUUUGCCGCAGAUUUGCGGUACUAUUCUGUGGCGAUUGAACAACAAGUCGGCCAAAGUGCGGCAGCAGGCGGCAGAUUUGAUCUCCCGUAUUGCCGUGGUCAUGAAGACCUGCCAGGAGGAAAAGCUGAUGGGUCACUUGGGUGUGGUCCUGUACGAAUACCUGGGUGAAGAGUAUCCCGAAGUGUUGGGUUCAAUCCUUGGUGCCCUCAAGGCUAUCGUCAACGUGAUCGGCAUGACCAAAAUGACCCCUCCCAUUAAGGAUCUGCUCCCGCGUUUGACACCCAUCCUCAAAAAUCGUCACGAGAAGGUACAGGAGAACUGUAUCGAUCUGGUGGGUCGAAUUGCCGAUCGUGGUCCGGAGUACGUCUCUGCACGCGAGUGGAUGCGAAUCUGUUUCGAGUUGUUGGAACUGCUUAAAGCUCACAAGAAGGCCAUCCGGCGGGCUACGGUCAACACGUUCGGCUACAUUGCCAAAGCCAUCGGUCCGCACGAUGUGCUGGCGACGCUGCUAAACAAUCUUAAAGUCCAGGAACGACAGAAUCGCGUUUGCACCACAGUGGCCAUUGCCAUCGUAGCAGAAACUUGUCGGCCGUUUACGGUCCUACCGGCGCUGAUGAACGAGUAUCGCGUCCCAGAACUUAACGUGCAGAACGGUGUCCUCAAAUCGUUGUCGUUCCUGUUCGAGUACAUUGGCGAAAUGGGCAAGGAUUACAUCUACGCCGUUUGUCCACUGCUAGAAGACGCCCUGAUGGACCGAGAUCUGGUCCACAGGCAGACGGCUUGCGCUGCGAUCAAGCACAUGGCCCUAGGUGUCUACGGGUUCGGCUGUGAAGAUGCGUUGAUCCAUCUUCUGAACUACGUUUGGCCGAACAUCUUCGAGACUUCUCCGCAUCUCGUGCAGGCCUUCAUGGAUGCCGUCGAGGGGUUGAGGGUAGCACUAGGACCAAUCAAAAUCCUGCAAUACACCCUACAGGGUCUGUUCCACCCGGCGCGAAAGGUAAGAGAUGUCUACUGGAAAAUCUACAAUUCCCUAUAUAUCGGAUCGCAGGACGCUCUCAUCGUUGGUUAUCCCCGGAUUUCCAACGACCCCCAGAAUCAGUACAUUCGCUACGAGUUGGAUUACUCACUUUAGAAAGUGUAUCGCUAUCAGCAACUGAACAAGCAUAGAUAACCUAUCACAACACAUUCUUAAUCGUGUGUACGAUCAAAAGUAGCUCUACAAAUAUAAAUGGAUAAACGAAUCGGCGAGUGGAAAAAA